UUUUACAGGAGGAUAGGAGCCCGUUAUCGUUCCCACGAUAAAUAGAUAACACUCUCGAAUCGUUCCUCGUGGGUCACUUUAUUAAACUAAUAACUAGGAUCGAAGAGAGAAAAACUUCACUAAUCUUUCCGACACAUCGGAGAGACAGAUCAACGAACGUUUUGAAUACGCGGGAAAAUCAUCGGGAGAAGACAAUGGAUCGUUGUCUUAUCUCGACCUUACUUCUUCUGGUGGCGUUAACCAUAUCACCGAGGAGCCACGGGUUUCUCAAGACCGAGAAUCAGAAGAUAAAGUCUGCAACUUUCUUAUCACCGAAGCUAGUGAUGCAUCCAGGAUCAGUCGCCAAUCCUUUCCUCUUCGACGUCGAUUUCCCCAGAGGUCACAUAGGCAUCAAAUCCUUCGACGCCGAAGUCGUCGACCAAGACGGCAACCCCGUCCCUCUCCACGAAACCUAUCUCCACCACUGGGUCGUCCAGCCUUACUACGUUCGCAAAGGUUUCAACCUCUCUCACCGAGACAUGCCUAGGAACCACGGGUUCUCCAGGCAUCUCGCUGGUUCUGGUUCGAGUCUCCCCGAUUACAUCCUCGUUAAGAACGGAGGGCUGUGCAGGAACACGGUCAGGCAUUUCUUCGGGUUAGGAUCAGAGACACGCAAGACCUCGACGCGUGUCCCUGAUCCUUACGCGAUCGAGAUCGAUAAUCCGGAGGAAAGACCUGAUGGUUACGAGUUCAAAUGGCUUCUCAACAUCCACGCGAUUGACACGAGGGGUGUUGUGGAUAGAUCGGGAUGCACGGAGUGUCGUUGUGAUCUGUAUAAUGUAACAAUCGACGAGUAUGGUCGAGCUAUAAAACCGGAUUACAAAGGUGGUUUGUACUGCUGCUACGAUAAGACUCAGUGUCUUGUGAGAAACGGGUUUGAUAAUGUGGAGGAGAAGACGAGAACUCUGUAUCUUAAGUAUACCGUGAGAUGGGUUGAUUGGGACAGCUCGGUGGUGGUGCCCGCUAAGGUUUAUAUCCUCGAUGUUACCGAUUCUUGGGAACGUUCGGAAGGUUCAACAGGAGAUAGCCAAGAACAUUUUUGCCAUGUGGAAUAUGAGGUGAAGCCGUGCAAAAAAACCAAUGGCGAUGGAUGCGUUGACGUUAAAAAGAAGAGCUUAAUGAUGCCGUUUAACGGGUAUAUUGUCUACGGAGCAGCUCACCAGCACGCGGGUGGUAUCGGUGCUGCUCUAUACCGAGAGGACGGUGAGGGGAUUUGCACUUCGAUGCCAAAGUAUGGCAAUGGAGAUGAGCCUGGAAACGAAGCUGGUUAUAUUGUUGGAAUGUCUUCUUGUUAUCCUGAAGCACCGGUGAAAGUGAGUUCUGGAGAGACACUGACUUUGGAGUUCAAUUACAGUAGUGCCGUUGGUCAUACCGGGGUUAUGGGACUCUUUUACAUGCUGGUUGCUCAGCAGCUGCCUGAACCGGAGAGCUCCUUGCCUGCACUUUUCCAGGCACAUGCGAAAAGCGUGAGCUUUUUAACCUUUCUGGCAGUGACGGUGGUGGUGGCGGUUGUGGUUCUAAUAGCCGCCGUGGUAUACCGGAGACAGAACAGGGAAGAUGGUUACCAAUCACUUAGCACCUAAAGAGUAAAACUAUGUUGACCACAACAGUGGAUUUUUAUAGUGUUCUGUUUUUUUUUCUUCUUCUUGUAUACAAAAGAAUCAAAAUAAAAAAAUCAGGGCCGUCUUUUACACCUGCAA